AUGUCAGCAUCUCGACUGAACACCACCGUGGAAGCCGUUUGGGACGACACGAUACACACAUGUGCGUACACACACAGGCAUGACACAGGAGCUGUUAACUCGUUUCUGAGCCUGCUGGGACAGGCACCAGCGUUCUGCUCCUUUGUAUCCAUGGACGGAAACAGGAAAUUCCGAGGAGCGAAAUCGCUGAGGCUCGCCGAGCUCCAGCCGAAGGAGAAGGGGGUAAGUAAGGAGGUCUCUACCGUGGCUCGUACAAAGCAGACCGCCCGCAAAUCGACUGGUGGUAAAGCACCGAGGAAGCAACUGGCUACAAAAGCCGCUCGCAAGAGUGCGCCCUCUACUGGAGGGGUGAAGAAACCUCAUCGUUACAGGCCUGGUACCGUGGCACUCCGUGAAAUUAGACGUUAUCAGAAGUCCACUGAACUUCUGAUUCGCAAGCUUCCCUUCCAGCGUCUGGUGCGGGAAAUUGCUCAGGACUUCAAAACAGAUCUGCGCUUCCAGAGUGCAGCUAUUGGUGCUUUGCAGGAGGCAAGUGAGGCCUAUCUGGUUGGCCUUUUUGAAGACACCAACCUGUGUGCUAUCCAUGCCAAACGUGUAACAAUUAUGCCAAAAGACAUCCAGCUAGCACACUGCAUACGUGGAGAACGUGCUUAAGAAUCCACUAUGAUGGGAAACAUUUCAUUCUUUAAAAAAAAAAAAAUUCUCUUCUUCCUGUUAUUGGUAGUUCUGAAUGUUAGAUAUUUUUUUUCCAUGGGGUCAAAAGGUACCUAAGUAUAUGAUUGCAAGUGGAAAAAUAGGGGACAGAAAUCAGGUAUUGGCAGUUUUUCCAUUUUCAUUUGUGUGUGAAUUUUUAAUAUAAAUGCGGGGACAUAAAGCAUUAAUGCAAGUCAGUGAACAAGUUUCAGCAGUUCAACUUUAUAACAAUUAUAAAUAAACCUGUUAAAUUUUUCUGGACAAUGCCAGCAUUUGGAUUUUUUU